CUCCCGGUGUCUUUAAUCAUGGCUGUGCCAGCAGGCAGGUCUGUGGUCUUCGUAACUGGAAACGCAAAGAAACUCGAAGAGGUUAUUCAGAUCCUUGGAGACAAGUUUCCCUACAAACUAGUAUCAAAAAAGAUCGACUUGCCCGAAUACCAAGGAGAGCCAGAUGAGAUUUCCAUACAGAAGUGUAAGGAGGCUGCACGGCAGAUUGAUGGGCCAGUCAUAGUGGAGGACACAUGUCUGUGCUUCAAGGCUUUGGGAGGCCUACCCGGUCCUUACAUAAAAUGGUUCCUGGAUAAACUCAAGCCAGAAGGCUUGUACAAACUCCUAGCUGGAUUUGAAGAUAAAUCAGCAUGGGCUCUCUGCACCUUUGCUUACUCUGCAGGGAAAGAUGAACCAGUGCAGCUCUUUAGAGGGAAAACAGAGGGACACAUUGUGGAACCCAGGGGACCUCGAGACUUUGGAUGGGAUCCCUGUUUCCAGCCGGUGGGAUAUGACAAAACCUAUGCUGAACUGCCAAAAGAAGUGAAGAAUUCUAUCUCUCACCGCUACCGGGCACUCGCUGCCAUGUCUGAGCACUUCUCUCAAACCAACAAUACCUCACCACAGAGCAAGAAGAAGAAGGAGGAGGAUUAAAGAGUCAUUUUAGACUGACGUCAGGUUCUGAAUCAGGAGCAAAAUGUAUCAAAACUCAAGUUAUUGGAUUGGAUUUGACAAUGAAGAGGAUACUCCUCUAUGACUCAGAUGUUUCACUGUUGGGUCAGAAAAGUAUAAUAUGAAUAACAUAUUUGUGAUCACGAUGUUUGAUUGUAGAAUCUGCAGUGGAAAUGGUGCUGUAUAAUAAGGGUUUUCUCUUAUUUUCAAUAAAUAUUUUGUCAGUUUUUA